AAAAAUCUAUAAUUUAUAAUAUAUUGCAUUUAAAAAAUGUAUUCUAGUGUCGUGGGUUGAUUUGAAAAAUUAAAAUUAUUGAGAAAGGGUUUAACCGGAAAGAGGCUAUUUUAUUUUGAAAGGCAGGAAGUGUUAUUUUUAGUUCUAGAAGUGAUUUUCUCCAGACUGAACUCGUCUGGUUUGGGCGUAGCUUCACGUGUAUAAUUUUUAACCGGUGAGUUGUGAGACCAUGACCAGUUUGAGGCGGCGGACAGCACAAAAAGAAAUGUUUGAGCGCUCCGAAUUUAGCGCGGGUCUGACGGUAACUGACCCCAAAAGUCGUCGACUUGUGUUCCAUUGAGGUCUCUGAACUUCUCCGAGUGCCGACCCGCUGCUCGAGCCGGGGGACGUCGUCGGAGGUCAGCGAUACAUUAGUCUAGAAAGCAGGUUUUUCAUGUUGGAGUAGUUCACACCGCCGCAAUGCUGAAGAUUUACCUCCGGAAAGCCAUUUGGCCAGCUUUUCAGAAGUUACCGCGGGGACUGAGGCAAGCGCUCCCGCCGGUGGUGACGGCACAGGGGCUGCCGGAUACUGGGCGGCACGUACCGAGCUGCUGGAUGGGAACUCACGGGAGAAACGAGCCGUGGGAGCCGCUGAACUCUCCGAAGAGAGCCAAGGAGUUUAUCUACCGCCUUCACCCAAAGGAGAGGUCCUGCUUACUGAAUGAGCUGCAGAGUUUCGAGUCCAUCGCUAUCGCUCAAGAGACGGUGCAGCCAUCACCGCCAACUGCAGCCCAGAUCAGAUAUGUGUUAUUCCACAACGCCAUUCCUUUUGUUGGAUUUGGUUUUCUGGAUAAUGCCAUCAUGAUCGCAGCAGGAACGCAGAUUGAACUCUCCAUCGGAGUGACUCUUGGGAUUUCCACCAUGGCUGCUGCGGCUCUGGGGAACCUGGUCUCAGAUCUGGCAGGUCUCGGUCUUGCAGGUUACGUUGAGGCUCUGGCCUCCAAACUGGGGAUGCAGGUUCCAGAUCUGACGCCCAAACAGGUGGACAUGUGGCAGACCAGACUCAGCUCUCACAUGGGCAAAGCCAUCGGCGUGUCCAUCGGCUGCAUCCUCGGGAUGUUCCCGCUCUUUUUCCUGAGCGACGAUGACGAGGACAAAGAAUCGCCGCCUGGCAGUGACGCUCACUCCUAACACGCCUCCGUCACGCGCAGCAUCUGCGACUGAACAGACUGAUUGAUGUCCUCCCUCAGUUCAGGCGGGGUUAAGUUCAUGUUCAUGUUCAUGCACCUCAAACUCCAUUUAUAUGAUAUUUUUUAGACGUUUGAAGCAGAACUCUAAAACUGAAAUGCUCAGAUUCUUCUGUAAGGAAUUCAGUUUUCCGUAAAACUCUAGAAAAACACUCCAGUGUGAGUCCAGUUAGAGAGAGGCUGCAUGAGAAGCUUCCCUUUGUGGUGAUUUUUGUUUUGUUACAUGGUUUCGUGUGAAAGCUAGUCCAGAAAUGAUGUCCUCAUGAGGAGACCUUCAGGGCAGGCGGCGGUUGAUGGAUGCGCCUCCGGACGGUUGUCUUGACGGAUGACUGACAGCUGCUCAUUUCUAAAUCCGGAGAGCGGCUCCGGCGUCCUCUCUUGUGACAAACCCCAUCAGUCAUGGACGUCUGCUCCAUUUCAAUCUUAGUGUUGGCGGUUUCUCUUU